AAAGUUCAUUCGUGUUAAUUGUCUGUCGUAUUUGACGUGCCCGCCUUUUCAAAGUACAAACUGUGUCAGGUUACGUACUUAUUUGAGUGUACCUAUUGUCAUAACCUUUUAUCAUCCCUCAAUUUGUCCUUGCGUCAAAUCGUUGUUGGCCCGCUUGGAAACGUCUGAAACCUGAGUAUUUUCCCCUAACCUCAAAACAGAACAUCAAGGUCGAGCAAUGAUCCCAGCAAAGAUGGUAUCCCUCAUGAGAGGAGCUGCUUCCGCCAGCCGUGGUGUCAGGUCUAAGCAUACAUUGCCUGAGCUCCCUUAUGCUUACAACGCACUUGCGCCAGUCAUUUCAUCAGAAAUCUUGGAACUUCAUCAUAAAAAACACCACCAAACUUACGUUAACAAUUUAAAUGCGACUGAAGAAAAAUUGAAAGAAGCAAUGGCAAAAAAUGAUCUUGAAGCAAUUAAUACUUUUUCAAAAGCCUACAACUUCAAUGCAGGAGGACAUUUCAACCAUUCUAUGUACUGGGAAAAUCUAUGCCCUGGUGGUUCUGAACCUUCUGGAAAAUUACUUCAAGCAUUAAACAGUACUUUUGGCAGUUUUGACAACUUCCGAACUCUAUUAAUGAAUCAGUCAAAUGCAGUACAAGGUUCAGGUUGGGGAUGGCUAGGAUAUGACAAAAUGACUAAACAGUUACGCGUUGUUACUUCACAAAAUCAGGAACUCCUUCUUAGUUCUACUGGUCUUGUUCCUCUUCUUGCGGUUGAUGUCUGGGAGCAUGCAUACUACCCACAGUAUAAAAAUGUCAGGGCCGAUUAUACUAAAAAGCUCUUUGACAUUGUCAACUGGAAAGAUGUAGCUCAGAGAUAUGAGAAAGCUGCUGGCGGUGGCAGCUGCCCAUAGAAUCUAAAAUGAAAUAUCCUAGAAGCAAUUAAGUUCACAUUUUCAUAGAUUUUCCUGUCUUUAAUUUCUUUCCAUUUUGUUUAAUUUUUGAUUAUUGUUUUAUGUGUAUAAAAUAAAAUUUUUAUUUUGUUGGAAA